AACGAGGCCGUUCACGUCACAAAAGAUACGAUAAAGGUCAAUAAAAGGAGCCCGGCCUUCCCUCACGGCCACGGGCUUACCUUGAAAGCUGAAUCCCAAACUCUCUCUUUCUCCCUCCCUCUCGAGUCUCCAUAGCACCGACAAGGACGCACAUUCCACCUCGGUCGAUCGCCUUGUGCGCUGUUAAUAUUUAAAUUACGCCCGAGCAAAGUUCGCUCCACUUCCCUGCGACGCGCGCGGCACUAAUGAUGGAGCGUUGUUGGGAAGCGGCGGCGGCGGCGGCGGCGGGGGGAGGAGCCGAGGCGCACAAGCCUGUUCCGGCGCCGUUCCUGACGAAGACGUAUCAGCUGGUGGACGACCCUGCCACCGACCACAUUGUCUCCUGGGGCGACGACCGCGUCUCCACCUUCAUCGUGUGGCGGCCUCCCGAGUUCGCCCGCGACAUCCUUCCCAACUUCUUCAAGCACAAUAACUUCUCUAGCUUCGUCCGCCAACUCAACACCUAUGGAUUUCGAAAGGUGGUGCCGGAGAGAUGGGAGUUCGCUAACGAGUUCUUCCGCAAAGGAGAGAAGCACCUCCUCUGCGAUAUCCACCGCCGCAAGACCUGCUCCGUGGCCGCCUCUUCUUCGUCUUUCCCCUUGGUGGCUUCCUCCUCUCCCUUAUUCCCUCUCUACUCCCACUUCGACGACUACCGCCUCGCCGCCGCCGCCCACGGCUGGAAGCCGGGCGCAGACGGUCCCCCCUCCCGCCUCCUCCUCCUCUGCGGCAAUGAGGCCGCGGCGAAUGGCAUCAGAGGGCCGCCGGCGGCGGCGACGGGCGCCGCGGCGUUGAUGGCGGAGAACGAGCGGCUGCGGCGGAGCAACGAGGCGCUGGUGGCGGAGCUGACGCACAUGCGAAAGCUCUACAACGACAUCAUCUACUUCGUGCAGAAUCACGUGCAGCCUGUCGCCCCCAGCUCCGGCCUGCUCUUCUCCUCCACCCACCGUAGGCUGCCGCCGGUCCGGGGCGGAAACUCCGGGAGCCCUGCUUCCAGCAGCUCCCUCACCAUCGCAGAGGAGCCAACGUCCCCGCCGCCGCCGCCGCCGCUCGACGACGACAUUAAUAAGAACGAAUUAGAGAGCAGCGGCGAGGAGCCGAAGCUGUUCGGGGUGCCCCUCAGCGCCGGCACUGCCCGUUCGAAGCGAGCUAGCUUGCAAGCCGUCGACGAGCCUCCGCCGUCGACCAAGCUACGCCUCGUGGUCGAAAAGGACGAGUUGGGACUAAAUCUAACGCCGUCACGAUCCCCUUAAUAAUCUUCUUGAUUAAUUUUAGUCUUUUAAUUUCUUCUCUUUUUUUAACAUUUUAGUUAAUCAGCGAGCUUUUUCGUAGGGUAUGUUGCUACCUUUAGUUUUCUCCUGUAUUUCUUGAGAUCUAGUUAAUGUAAAUAACCCGAUCUUAAUCCAUUUCUCGUCCACUUCGAUUUCCAACUACAUCCAUCAAAAA